GUUGUUAUUGUUGUUGUAGUGAUGGCGGCGGCAGGAGCAGAGGCCCCGGACUCCUGGUAUCUGGCGCUGCUCGGGUUUGCCGAACAUUUCCGAACCUCCAGCCCUCCCAAGAUCCGCCUUUGCGUGCACUGUCUGCAGGCCGUAUUCCAGUUCAAGCCGCCGCAAAGAGUGGAGGCCCGGACGCACCUGCAGCUGGGCUCGGUGCUAUACCACCACACGAAGAACAGCGAGUUGGCCGGCAAACACCUUGAGAAAGCGUGGCUGAUCUCACAGCAAAUCGCACAGUUUGAGGAUGUUAAAUUUGAGGCUGCCAGUCUCCUCUCGGAGCUUUACUGUGAACAGAACUUGGUUGAUUCAGCGAAGCCGCUGUUACGGAAAGCCAUCCAGAUCUCCCAGCAAACUCCAUACUGGCACUGCCGACUGCUGUUUCAACUCGCUCAACUUCACACGCUAGAGAAGGAUCUGGUGUCGGCGUGCGAUCUGUUGGGUGUCGGAGCAGAAUAUGCCCGAGUGGUUGGAUCUGAAUAUACCAGAGCUCUCUUCCUGUUGAGUAAAGGCAUGUUGCUGUUGAUGGAGCGUAAGCUGCAGGAAGUUCAUCCGCUCCUGACACUGUGCGGACAGAUCGUUGAAACCUGGCAGGGAAACCCCAUCCAGAAAGAGUCGCUGCGUGUGUUCUUCCUCGUGCUGCAGGUCACGCACUACCUGGACGCUGGACAGGUGAAGAGUGUGAAGCCGUGUUUGAAGCAGCUCCAGCAGUGUAUUCAGACCAUCUCAACGCUCCAUGAUGACGAGAUUCUGCCCAGUAACUCUGCUGAUCUCUUCCACUGGCUGCCAAAAGAGCACAUGUGUGUGCUGGUCUACCUGGUGACAGUGAUGCACUCGAUGCAGGCCGGAUAUCUGGAGAAAGCUCAGAAAUACACAGAUAAAGCUCUCAUGCAGCUGGAGAAACUAAAGAUGUUGGACUGCAGCCCGAUUCUGUCUUCAUUUCAAGUGAUUCUACUGGAGCACAUCAUCAUGUGUCGUCUGGUGACCGGACACAAAGCCACCGCGCUACAGGAGAUCUCUCAGGUGUGUCAGUUGUGUCAGCAGUCUCCGCGGCUCUUCUCCAAUCACGCUGCUCAGCUCCACACGCUGCUCGGUUUGUACUGUAUCUCUGUGAACUGUAUGGACAACGCUGAAGCUCAGUUCACUACAGCAUUGAGGCUCACCACACAUCAGGAGUUGUGGGCGUUUAUCGUGACUAAUCUGGCGAGUGUUUACAUCAGAGAGGGCAACAGACAUCAAGAGCUGUACAGUCUGUUAGAGCGGAUAAAUCCAGACCACAACUUCCCCGUCAGUUCUCACUGUCUGCGGGCGGCGGCGUUCUACAUCCGCGGACUUCUGUCCUUCUUCCAGGGCCGGUACAACGAAGCCAAGCGUUUCCUCCGGGAGACACUGAAGAUGUCUAACGCUGAGGAUCUGAAUCGUUUGACGGCGUGCUCUCUGGUGCUGCUGGGACACAUAUUCUAUGUGCUGGGAAACCACAGAGAGAGCAACAACAUGGUGGUGCCAGCGAUGCAGUUGGCCAGUAAGAUUCCUGAUAUGUCCGUGCAGCUCUGGUCUUCAGCUCUAUUGAAGGAUCUUAACAAAGCCUGCGGGAAUUCAAUGGACGCUCAUGAAGCUGCGCAGAUGCACCAGAACUUCUCCCAGCAGCUCCUGCAGGAUCACAUCGCCGCCUGCAGUCUGCCCGAACACAACCUCAUUACUUGGACAGAAGGACUUCCACCAGUGCAGAUUCAAGCUCCUAAUGGACCAACAACCAGCCUGGCCAGCCUUCUCUGAACACACACACACACACUGUACAUACAGGUCACAGGCCUACACACUCACUCACACACACACACACACACACACACACACACACACACACACACUGUACAUACAGGUCACAGGCCUACACACUCACUCACACACACACACACACACACACACACACUGUACAUACAAGUCACAGGCCUACACACUCACACACACACACACACACACACACACACACACACACACACACACACUGUACAUACAAGUCACAGGCCUACACACUCACUCACACACACACACACACACACACACACACUCACACACACACACUCACUCACACACUCACACACACACACACACACACACUCACACACACACACACACGCAUCAUCUGUCACAUGCACAUUUUAUCUUGUAUUAUUCUGAUUUUAACUUAUUUGAAGUCAUUCACGGUUUGGAGUCACUGGAUGUCGUUUGGUGUUUGUGAUGGUUUGUUUGAGGCGGCUGAAGGGAACUGGACAUCCACGCUUGACAUGUGACCGUGAAUAAACUGCUGUAAGCCGCAUUAAUGCAGUGUAACCCAUCAGCAGCGCUCCUGCUCCGAGAGAUCGGUAUUAACCUUUCUUUUAUUGACAGACACGUGUGGACUGCUGUAGUGUUAAUGUGAGUAAUGACACCUCCAGUAGAGGACGAUAAUAACUGCAGAUGUAGUUGAUCCAUGUGAUCGGGUGAUUGACAGCAUCAAACCUGUCAUAGCGAUGACAUCAUUUCUGUACAUUAGUGUAUUAGUAUGUGCAUAUGAACGAUGAGUUUAGGGGAACUAUAAAGCUGGACAUGUGACCAGGCGCUCGAGACAGACUUUUACCCAGAAACCCCUGUGGAAAUCCACGUGUGGAUGAAUGUGACGAGUUGAUUGGACGCUUUAGAUUGUUCAUUGGUCGGUCAGUGAACGAUCGUUUAUGAACUUAUUUUAAAUUAGAACCCGGUCUGUUUUCUGCUCGACACGUCUCGUGUUUUACUCUGCGGGGAAAUCGUUUCUUCUGUUCCUCUGUAGUUUUAACUAAUACAUGUAUUACAUUUUGUAAAGUUUGAAUAUUUAUAAACCACAUUUAACAAUAUUAUGAUCUUUGUCUUUAUUUUGAUUUGGGAAAGCAUUUGUUUGAAUGACGAAUCUCAGUUGCCUCCGCGUCUGAGACCGUCAAUCCGCGCAUCUCAUCACGUGACUUGUUGAGCACGUUACCAUGGAGACGUAGCGCGUGUGGAGGCUUCACGCUAUUCUCCACGGCAUCCACGCACAACUCGCCACACGCCCCACCGAGAGCGAGAACCACAUUAUAGUGACCACGAGGAGGUUACCCCAUGUGACUCACCCUCCCUAGCAACCAGGGGCAAUUUGGUUGUUAAGGAGACCUGGCUGGAGUCACUCAGCACGCCCUGGAUUCAAACUCAUGACUCCAGGUGUGAUAGUCAGCGUCAAUACUCGCUGAGACACCCAGACCCCGUGAUGAUAACUCUCAUAUUUAGUUUUCUUUUGGCCAGUAUGUUGAGAUGUAAAGCGUGUAAUGUUUAUAAUGAGGGUGUUUGUGUGGUGCAGUCACCAUGUACUGCAUUAUUAUAUAUGUUGCCUGAUUAAGCUGGUUAAAUCAGGAAAUGUAAUGUUUGUGUCAAUGUUGGUUUCACAACAUUUUUCAACUAAACAAAUUGAUUUAAGGACUUUAAAAACAUCAUGUGGUGUAACCAUUAAUUAAACGGUAUUACAUAUUCCCUUAGUGAACACAACUUAAUCAUUCAUCUCAGAGAAGUUGCAUGUCUUCUCAGGACACCAUUUGAUCUGGACAAAAUGUGCCUUUUCAUAAAAAAAUUAUUUUUUGAUUUUGUUUACAUCACACACUCAUGAGGGUCACAUGUUGUUUUUAUUGUCACAUGACGACACAAUGUCCUGCAUGUUCUUUCAUUUUCUUUUCCCUCAUGUCAUCCCAGAUGUGUGACUUCUGCAGAACAC